AUGCCGAAACUCUGGACUCUCGUCGCCGUUUUAGGUGUAUUUUCUAGCCUUGACACUGCCUCAUCGACCUCACUUCCACAUGUUCGCCGUGGGAAUUCAAGCGUUAGUUCGAUUACAUACAUCUGCAGCGAAGAGGUCAAAUUUGCUGGAUCAAACAUAGUUAGUCAGGUUAACGGUGCCAAGUCACAGGCUAGGGGAGUCCUACUCCGCGCAAGUAGUCGAUCUGCUAGCAAUGUACCCAACAUUCAAGUUAAUCAGCUGAUAUCAUGGCAAGAUGGAACCUUUCUCUACCCCAUCGCAAGUACUAGUACCUCACAAAACCGUGCGAUAGUUCACUUCCCCUCGCUGUUACCUCGCUCACUUUUGCUCUAG